AUGUCCCGGCCCAGCAGCAGAGCCAUUUACUUGCACCGGAAGGAGUACUUGAAGAAUCUCACCUCAGAGCCCACCCACCUGCAGCUCAGGGUGGAGCACCUGCUGACAUGUAAGCUGGGGACGCAGAGAGUCCAGGAGCCCAAGGAUGCCCUGCAAAAACUGCAGGAAAUGGAUGCUCAGGGCCAGGUGUGGAGCCAGGACUUGCUCCUGCAGGUCAGGGAUGGCUGGCUCCAGCUGCUGGACAUCGAGACAAAGGAGGAACUGGAAUCUUACCGCCUGGACAGCAUCAAGGACAUGGACGUGGCACUCAACACCUGCUCCUACAACUCUGUCCUGUCCAUCACUGUGCAGGAUUCAGGCCUGCGAGCCACUAGCACUCUGCUUUUCCAGUGCCAGGAAGUGGGGGCAGAGCGACUGAAGACCAGCCUGCAGAAGGCUCUGGAGGAGGAACUAGAGCAAAGGCCCCGAUUCGGAGCCCUUCUCCCAGGUCAGGACAGAUUCAGGGGGCCUCUUCUGGAAAGGCCGAUCCCUAAGGAGCAGGUACCUCCACUGGAGUGCGGACCUCGUCCAGAACAGCACAACUGGAUGACUCCGGAGCACAACACACCACCAUCCCCAAGGCCCCUGCCACACCACUCCAGCAUCCAAAGGUCAAGUGCCUUCACUUUGCCUCCUUCGAGGAGGUCCCCAUGCCCCGGGGACCCAGAAUGGAAUAAGGAGGUGCUGAGCCACGUCCUAAGAGACAUCGAGCUAUUCAUGGGAAAGCUGAAGGAGGCCCAGUCAAACACCAGUCAUAAGAAGAAGAGACAGAGGAAGAAAAAGAUAAAGCAUCAGGGGGGGAUAACAGAGGCACAUUACAUCGACUGCUUCCAGAAGAUCAAGUACAGCUUCAGUCUCCUGGGAAACCUGGCCAUGAUGCUGCAGGAUACAAGCGCCCCUGAGUUCGUACACCUCCUCUUCCAAUCUCUGAACUCCAUCCUGGAGCAGUGCCCUGAGCCUGGCCUAGCAGCCCAAGUGGACUCACCCCUCCUCACCACCAAGGCCAUUGAUCUGCUGCAGUCCUGUCUAAGCCCACCUGAGAGUAACCUCUGGAAGAGGCUGGGCAUAGCCUGGACCACCAGCCAGGACAACUGGACAGGCAGUGAGCCCCUGCCCUACCAACCCACAUUCUAUGACGGUUGGCAGCUUCCAGAACCUUCCUACCAGGCACCUUCGAGAUACCAAGACCCUACUUCUAUCCGGCCCUCCAGACCCGGACCUGUCAAGCCAGCCCUGAAAAUGCAAGUCCUAUAUGAGUUUGAAGCUAGGAACCCACGGGAACUGACUGUGGUUCAGGGAGAGGUACUGGAGGUUCUGGACCACAGUAAGCGGUGGUGGCUGGUAAAGAAUGAAGCGGGACAGAGCGGCUACAUCCCCAGCAACAUCCUGGAGCCCCUGCAGUCGGGGUUCCCUGGAAGCCAGAGCAAGUCGUCCCCUCCGGCUCCAGGGCUUCGACUUAGCUCAAGGCCUGAGGAGGUCACAGCCUGGUUGCGGGCAGAGAACUUCUCCACUGUCACAGUGAAGACUCUCGGGUCCAUGACAGGGCGCCAGCUGCUUCACAUGAGACCUGGGGAGCUACAGAUGCUGUGUCCCCAGGAGGCCCCACAUGUCCUGGCACGGCUGGAGGCUGUCAGAAGGAUGCUGGGGAUGAACCCUUAG